AUGGCUGAUCAUGAGACCAAGACCAAGGAUAGUGCCUUCAAGGAGGAUCGUUUUCGACCUCCGGAGAUGCCGCCAGAACUGCUGCGUCGAUGGGCAGAAAGAUGCGCUCAGAGUUCCAAGAUUAAACCCAAGAUUAAACCCAAGAUGGGCCCACAGGAGACCAAACAUGAGACAUCUAUCCAACAAGGCCCAGAAGGGGGCGUGCGAGAAGUUGACCAUGGCGCCGCUGAGAGCUGUGCACAUGGAGGCACAGAAGAAGAUACAAACGCCGGCAUUCCGGCGCCUGCACCCGUGGUCAAUACUGGUGAGCCCAAGGCUAGCCAGGAAAAUUUUUAUUUGCCGGGCCAUGUUCCGAGUCAGGAUUCUACAAAUCUUCCCGGAGGUGGAGCAACCACGAGCUGGUUGAAGUUGACUCCUAGUACACCCCAAAGGGACAACGCACCCAGUGAAGCUGCUGGUGCUUUUGCGCGGGAUCGCCCGGGGCCAGUUGUGAUAGCUCCAAUUGCCCUUGUCGGACCUGACGGUGCCGGGACACCAAUUUCCGAUCUUGACCUUGAUGACGAGCGUCCGGUUGGUCGUGAUAGAGAAGCGCGCAACGACUCUCCCAUUUCUCCCCUGGACCUCAACGAUACAUCCCGGAAAACGGAAUCCCUCGAGGAAACUGGGCUCAGAAAAGAUGCCCAUUCUUCCCAACACGGUACUGUGGGUAAAUGCCGUAGAAAAACUGGGGAAAACGAGGAAUUUGAAUACUGGGGGGUGGUCAAUACGAUGCAAGGCGCGAUGAACAACGACGUGGACAUGGGUAAGGUGCCGAAGGGAAACGACCCAGCGAAGAGCCAUGCUGUGCACACGCCUAUCCCCACCAGAAUCACCGCAGUCAUGGGCACAACCGACACGAGCUCUCAGGAAAAGGCUGCUGGACUCGCAAGCAAGAUCACAUGGGCAAAGGCAUUUGCUAUUGCGACGAAGGAUAUCGGCGAACCUGUCAUCCAAGCUGGUAACCUCGGACUGCCUCACCAGGCAGAGCAGGGCUCAGAGGAUAUGCAUGAACCACAUGCGAGCUGGUGCCUGUUGCCGCGAGCGAGAUUGGGGCCAGGAAGUGACCCCGCGACGGCCGACUACCAUGAGCUGGCGAAGCCGCGCCUGAACCAGGAGGUGGAAGCGCCAAAGCAAUGGUCUGUGAGCUCCACUGAGUUUAUUCCGGACGAGGGGUAUGAAUGCGUCGACCCAGAAGUGAACUGGGCUACAAAGCGAAUCGGUACGCAGCCCUUUCUUGCGCAGUGGGAUGCGUACAUGGCCACCCCGACAGUGUGGCCACAAGUGAUUGAUAAGGAGCUCAGUUUGAUGUCACCCAAUCGCGCCCCAGCGUUUGAACACAACCCACGCCUAUUCCCAGAAAUUGUAUUCAAUCCAGAAGGUUAUGAUCAGGGUGAUUCUCACAACUGGAAGGCCGACUGGGCCUUUACUCCGAUGUGCACCAUGGACCGCAACAGAAACCGCCUCCGAUUUUAUAAGUGGUUGGAGAAGAUCCCCUUGGAAUGUCAGGCGGUUGACAUCUUCCACUCCGCAUUCUUUGACGGGACUGCGGUGCCAGACGGCGGGUUUUCACUGAUGCUGAUGAAUGAGAAGCAUCUCCUGUCUCCCCGCGACAUGAGCGACGAUAAGACCCGCAUCCACUGGCAUGAGACAUCGGCAGGAUAUGCGCACAACAUGAAGAUACAUUGGGCAAAGGUACGAGCGGCCAGAGAUUCCCUUAGGUCUCAAAUUGCAUCCGCACCAGCAGGACCGCUGAAUCUCGCACCUUUGAUGAGCCAGCUUGAGGUGGAGCCAGAAGCAGAGCCCAGUUCUGAGCCCACUAAUCCCCACCUGCGUCCUGCCAUCCCUGAAGAUGCCCAGGAGAUUGCCAAUAUCCUUAAUUGGUAUGCGGUUAACUCUCCUUUGAGCCCGGACACCGAGACGCAGGAGGAACGCCAGAUCAAGGCACUCAUCAAAAUUUGCAGAAAGCGCAACCUGCCAUUCCUUGUCAUGGUACACCCAGCCCGGCCAUCUCUGGAACUCCCUGGUACACCGCAAGCGAAAAUAUGCGGCAUUGCGUAUAUCGAUCUCUUCGGUAGCAGUGGUGCGGAUCAGUACAUCGGUGAACUGCGGGUGUAUGUCACCCGUGAGGAGAAGCGGGAUAAUUUCGGCACGGUACUUAUCGACCGCAUCUUAUCCAUGUGUGACCAAGGCUACAGUCGUAAGUUUGAGGUCGAGUGGAAGCCGAAGAGGGCAGAGGAUCUCUGGGAGACCCCGAUGCUGCGAAUGACCCAGCUGAUCUGUACCAUCGCCUACCCCGCCAAGCUGGAUAUGAAGUAUGGAUGGAUCAAAAAAUGGCUGCAGGACCAAUUCGGCUUUGAGCAAUGGGGUAUGCUGAAGCGAGCUAGGGUCAAGUGUGGACAUCAGUUCGUUAUGAUGAUCCUCUUUGGUGUGAUUUUGGACCUACUGACGUAUCUUUGCAGACUGGACGUUCACUAUGUCGCCCGCCGCAUCACUUCUGGAAGAAUAUUCCGGGAGAUAGGCAUGUUUGAAGACGAUAGUUGA